CCAGGUGAAUGCUCAAUCUUUUCUAUUUGAGAAUGCGAUGAGCAAACUGAGAAUCAGCUUGCUACGAAGCUGAUGAUCUACUGAGUGCGCCCACCGCAUUCGCAAUCUCCACAGCACCCUCUCACCAGAUCCUACCGCAACACAGCAUGGCACAGAAGGACCCCCCUCUCGAUGAGACAGCCUGGUUUAGCGAAGACUAUGCACGAUUCUAUGGAGGCAUCAACACAAAUACAGUGCACGUCUACUUCUACCAUUCCACAUUCUUUGACCUAUCCUCACUCAACGGCACGCUAUGGUCCCAGGCCAACCGCCACAUGGACCAGCGCUACCUCCUGGAGUCACGGAAAGCGUUCGAGGAUGCCGUGAAGGCUGUUCAGUCCGGCGGCACACAAUUCCUGAUUGUCGGCGAGCCAGAGACAGAGGACGGGACCUGGGUGAUGCAGAAGCAGCUGCGGACGGUGCAGCGCGGGCUUCCGGACACAAUUGAGGUGCUGGGGACAUACUUCAUCAUCGGCAUCCAAAUAUUCAUGGCGCCGAGUGUGGGGGACGUGUUAGCGGCGAAGACGCUCAACAUCACAAAUCUAAUGUCCUCCUUCUUCACCCUCGCCUCCAGCCUCUCCCUCUUCACCCCCGCAACCGGCCACACCUACUUCCACCCCUCCCUCAAACCCUCCACCGACGCCAAAAAGCUCGCAAUCGCCGGCGGCGUAUCCCGCGCCACUACCCCCGGCCGUGACGCUACUCAAGAUAACGCUUCCGUUGCUCAUACCAGCACCGGCGCGGCCUCCAACUCUUCCGCAAUCGGCGGUACCUUCAUCGAGCCUCUCUUCUUGAACUCGCUUGCUCUCUCUGCGCGCUACGCGACCGAGUAUGCAGACGAGAACCCGCUCCAGGGUGAACCAGGCGCUUUCGUUUUCAGCAGCACAAAUGAGCGGGUAGCCGCGUUGAAUGAGGCCGCGGCACAGGCGGCGUUGAAGGCGCAGAGUGCGGCAGUAGCAGUUGUCCCCGUGCACCAGCGAGAGCGGGAGAGUGCGGUUAGUACUGCUGCGCCGACGCCGAAGCCCGCGGUGGGUGAGGGGAGUGGAAGUGGAGGUAGGAAGGGGAGCAAAGGGGGGGUAGAUGGGGCGAGGGUGAAGCGGCGGAAGAGUAAGGGGCUGGCAAGUCCAGUUACGCCUAAGGAGGGGACGGCGCAAGGGAUGAAGUGAGGACUGGAGGGCGGAUUUUGGGGUUUUGACGGGGUGGGAAAGGCGUUGAAGGAGGUUUGACUGUGUCAUGAUAGAGGCUAAUACCCAAGUCUUAUUUUGGAGUCUCAGGAAAAUGAUUUUGUAUUCAAUGUUUUCAUUGUGAGGUCAAGGGGUUCUUCCUGUUAUAUCUACCCUUUCAAAACGAUAACUCAUACCUCCCUGUUUCGGGUGCUCGGCGGUUCAAGGAACAUUACAGUAGGCGAAUUUCCAGCACUCAAUCUAAACGGCAAUGGAAAUGACAUCGCCUCCAACGUGUUCAUUGUUAAGCCGGGGGAGCUAUCCAUCCACAACCAAAGGUCCAACGGUCGAAUGAAAAGCACCCGAUUCCGAGUGCGUUAAUUUGUGCU